AUGCCAGGUUUAAAGAUCCCUCUUGAUGAAUUUAUUGAGAAAUCACAGCUAUUAAUUGCUGCACGUCCCGAGACUACUCGAGUGACUACUACAUACACUCACUCAGUUCCUAGACCAUGUUUAGGGUCCGCCAACAACAACGCCAACGCCAACAACGCCAACGCCAAUGACAACUCUUCUCGUGGAUCAAGUCAAGGUACUGCAGUUCAUGUUAAAACUUUUGAUCCAAUUUCCGGGGCUUGUUUUAGAACUUCACUUACUAGAGUCAAUGAAUUGGGUCGUGUUAUGAUGGCAUUAGGACCUCAAGGUGUUAGCAGUGUAAGUGGUGGAACAAGUGGAUCAACAACAAAUGCAGAUGCAGGUGCAGGUGCAAGUGCAAGUGCAAGUGGUUCAGCAAGUGAAGGGGAAACGGCGAUCCAGGGAUUGGCAGCUGCAAUGCUUGGAGAAAAAAGUGUGUGA